GUUUGGACCACCAAAUAAGCGGCGAGCACACAUUCCGAUCACAUCCCUCGCCGUCAACUCAAAACACAAAUUAUCAUGCCCCUGAACGCACAUCAUCAUGAUACGCCGUUUCUCAGCUUCGAGAGGCUUCAAAGCCCCAUGUAAAUUACUGUUACAGUCCUCAGCAAGUUCAAGUAGUAAAUGGUCCGGCCUCUUCAAAAACUAUAUGCGGCAAAAAAUCACUUCCAAUCGUGGAAUCAACAUUGCAAAAAACCUUUGGAUCGUCUUGUUCUGCAGUUCGUUUAUCGUGCUGCCUAUAUUACACGUCAUUCAUACACGCCCUUCGGAGCAAGAAAAGGAACUCGCAGCUGCACAACUAUCAGCAGUACAAUCAACACGAAAGGACACUCUAAGAAGACGAUUCGAUGAAGCCAAUCUCUCACCAUACGAACGAGAGCGGUUGGAAUCGGAAUUAUGGGCACCCUUGUGCAAAUUCUUGGACAUGGAAGUCUCUCGGAUGGUCAGAGAGCAAAUCACGACUCGAUCCAAUAUUGAGCUUGCAAGAUUCCCUUAGGCGUAGAGCUAUCAUGUUUCACAUUCCUGUGGCUCCCUUCAAAUAUGUUAUCUUGUCCCCACGUUUAUUAUCCUUCUUUACCAACAAGUUUUCCAAUCUCUGUCACCGAGCGGUAGCUCACGUCCCAUGAACACGAUUCCUCUACAAC